AUGAAGGACCUGUUGCCCUGGGCUACCGUCGUCCUCUUGGGCUUCGUCUCUCUUUUCUUCAUCAUGAAGCUCUUUUCGUACUUCCAACCCAAGCCCAGCCUCCCCCCCAGCCCCAUGGCAUUGCCGGUUAUUGGGCACUUACACCUAAUCGGCUACAGAGUCCAUCAGUCUUUUCACAAGCUCUCAGCGAUCCUCCGUCCGUUGCUCCACGUUAUGCUUGGUUCCGUCCCCUUUAUCGUGGCUUCCGACGCAGCCGCCGCCAGAGAUAUUCUCAGGGAGCACGAAAAGUGCUUUGUCGACCGAAAAGCCGCGGAAACUAUAACCCGCCUGACCUACGAAGGUCGUAGCUUCGUCUUCUCACCCUACGGUGACUACUGGAGGUUCAUGAAGAAGCUGGCGUGACGGAGGCGCUGGGAGCUGGGAGUUUGAAGGAGCUCCAGUGGAUCAGGAAAGAGGAGGUACGAAAGCUCUUGGGACUGUUGUACGAAAAAGCUGAGAGGAGACAAGACGUGGACUUCGGGGCGGCUCUUAAGAGUCUCAGCAACAACGUGAUCUGCCAGAUGACCGUGGGGAGGAGUUUUUGCCAAACGGACGGAGAGGUGAACCAAAUGAUGAAUAUAGUGGAGGAAACGAUGACUGUCAUGGGCACACCGAACGUGGCGGACUUCGUCGGAUUCUGUGGGAACAUCGAUCUGCAGCAGCUCAGAAGGAGGGCCGACAAGGUUCACUGCAGCUUCGACAAUCUGAUGGAGCGGAUCCUCGUGGAGGAAGAGAAUGCAAGGAAAGAGAACCCCCCUAAGACUGCUGCUGCUGGAGCUGCCCGUUGUCUCCAGGUGCUUCUCGACAUCCACAUAUCGAAGGAGGGGAGUACGGAGAAGCGGAUGACCAGAGAGCACAUUAAUAGCCUGAUUCACGUAACUACGAGAGCUAAAACCACCACCAUCCUCUUCAGCUUUCUGUCGGGAUUUCACGGUCCUCCGUGUAACCCGGUUUUGCAGUCGAUUUUCCCUGACUUUCGUUUCCUUUCCAAGCAGGAUCUCUCUUGGGCGCCACAGACACGACGUCCGUCACGGUGGAAUGGGCCUUGGCAGAGCUGAGAAACCAUCCCACCAUCCUGCGAGACGCAAGGCGAGAGAUCGACACGGUUGUUGGGUUAUCGAGGUUGGUGGAGGAGUCGGACGUACCAAACCUUCCCUUCCUACUGGCGAUCGUAAAAGAGACGCUCAGGCUCCACCCCGCCUUUCCCAUCUUCCCGCGUCAUUCGAACGCCCCGUGCAAGGCCAGGGGCUACUCUAUUCCGGCCGACACCAGAGUCGCGAUCAAUGUUUCGGCAAUUGGGAGAGACCCGACCCACUGGGACAACCCGCUGGAGUUUCAGCCGGAGAGGUUCACGGCCAGUGGGCGGAGUUUCGGCGUUGACGUGAAGGGGCAGCACUUCCAUCUCUUGCCCUUUGGGGCCGGCAGGAGGAUAUGUCCGGGUCAUCCUUGGCACUGCCGCUGAUUCAGACUACCCUGGCGACCGUGAUACAGUGCUUCGACAUGAGUGUCGUGGGUGGGGUGGCGGACAUGACGGAGGGGCACGGGGCAACCCUAACGAGAGCUCACCGGCUGGUUUGCACACCCAAGACCCGACUAACCUUUCUUCCUUGA